AUGAAGGCAGCUCCUCUGCUUGUGUCCUGGCAUAACGACAACACUCCCAUCUACUCGGCUCACUUCGAGCCCCACGGCAAGGGUCGACUCGCAACUGCUGGAGGUGACAACAAUGUCAGAGUACGUGAAAUGCUCGCGUCGGCCGGAGACGACGGAAACAUCCUGCUCUGGGUACCCGCCGAGAACGCAGCGCUGCAUGCCACAAACUUUGGAGAAGACGGACUUGAAGACAAGGAAACAUGGCGAACCAAGACCAUGUGUCGCUCGACGGGAUCGGAAAUAUAUGAUCUGGCCUGGUCCCCGGACGGCGUCUACUUCAUCACUGGUAGUAUGGACAAUGUCGCUCGCAUCUACAACGCCCAGACAGGCUCCGUCAUCCGCCAAGUGGCAGAGCACAACCACUACGUCCAGGGCGUCGCCUGGGACCCGCUAAAUGAAUACAUCGCUACCCAGUCGAGCGACCGAUCCGUCCACGUCUACACGCUCAAGACCAAGGACGGCUCAUGUACUCUGACCAACCACAACAAGAUCAGCAAGAUGGAUAUGCCCGCCCGCCGCGUGAGCCAAAGCAGUCCCGCCCCGCCAGACUUCCGCGGUCGUGCAUCUUUUGUCGGCAACGACUCUCCGGCUCCUAGUGCGCCCGGCACUCCUCUGUCGCUCGCCCUGCCCAUGAACCCUCCACAAACGACUCACAGCCGCCGCUCCUCCUUCGGUUCCGUCUCCGUCUCAGGCCAGUCGAUGCGCCGCUCAGUCUCGCCCAGUCCGUCUAUGCCUCUACCCGCCGUCAUGCCCUCCGCUUCCCCCAGCAUCGGCGGUGGCCUGAACAUGCCCUCCCGCAGCACCGGCAUGUACGCCAACGAGACCUUUACAUCCUUCUUCCGCCGCUUGACGUUCGCUCCCGAUGGUAGUCUGCUCUUCACUCCCGCCGGUCAACACAAAGAAGCUCACCCUCCCACAACCGAACCGAACAAGACAGACGACGUGGUCAACAUGACGUAUAUCUACACAAGAGCUGGACUUAACAAGCCGCCUGUCGCAAAGUUGCCUGGUCACAAGAAGCCGUCUCUGGCCGUCAAGUGUUCGCCCAUCUUCUACACCCUCCGCGCGUCUCCAGUUCCGACAAAAGAUAUCACCAUCGAUACCCAUAUGGACGACGAGAUCCCUCUUCUCCCGGAGCCUGUCGUGCCUUCAAAGUCCACCAACUCCAUGGAACCUCCACCAAUUGUGCCUUCCCCGGCACCAAGUCAUGCGCUUCCGGCACCCAUUCCUUCACCCAGGACUGAAGACGGCUCUGCUCAAUCCAAGCCGCUCUGUGUCGUUAGCAACCUGCAUUAUGCCACCUUUACGGACCUGACCUGCUUGAAUUUCCAGCCUGGAGAACUCGGUGUUUUGUACCAGCAUCCUCCCAUUCCUCGCCAUGUUCCCUCGAUGAUUAACACUGCUGGAUCUCCUUCUGCCGCGGCGGCGUCUCCUGCAUCGACACCCAUUGCCGCAACCAUGCCUCAACUAAUGCGCAAUCCUUCAUCGCAAGGCCAUGGUGCACCUUCGCCGUCUCCCUUCACUAUGCCCGGUAGUCCUGCCAGAAGCUUGUCUACAGCCAGCGUUACCGGCAGUAUGGCCGCUCCCGAACACUCAGCAGACACUCCUGAGAUGAGCAGUGUACCCAGUCUCACAGCCGCUAGCUCCGGUACAAACAUGCAUGGCGGCAUGCCCAUGUACACGCCUCCUCAAACUCCCGGAUACAUCUCCGCGACCCCUGGCAUGCCUCCUGCAGCUACCAGUGCUGGUGCCACUUCGACUGUGGCCACAUCCGUCAAGCGUGAAAAUGAAGGCGGCGAGGACUCUUCCAGAGACAAGAGACGGAGAAUCGCACCCACACUGAUCUCCGAUCCAUGA